AGUCCAAGCAAGUUUGCUCUCCGAGUUUGUCGGCUUUGUAUAGCUGCUGAUACCGAACAUCUCCGCAUACUAUAAGAUGCAAUCGUACACGUUCCAAGCUAAUUUUGGAACAAUGGCAUAUCUGUGCGCAGUGGGGCUUGUAGCUACCUGCGCUGAGCACGUGGACCUGUAUCUCAUCCAGAUGCACACGGUCUUGCCUGGCAGUGGGAGUUUGCAGGGAUGCCACACUGCAACCCAGGGCGAUGAUUGUUACGAGAAGGUAAUGUGGGCGAUGCGGACAGGCAUCAAAAAACACCCAGAGUGGUAUCUCCCUCUGACGAGUAACUCCAGCCUCGAGGACUUCCAGCAGUACCUGCAUGCAACGGACAGGCUCUCUGACGUUUGCCCCAAGCCAUGUGCAGCGGCGCAGUCAGAGGAACCACGGACAGAGCAUGUGUCCGCAGUGCCAGAGGAGUGCCGCACCACUAUCGAGGGCGACGAGUGCUAUGAGAAGGUGAAGUGGGCGAUGCGGACGGGCAUCAGAAAACACCCAGAAGUGGUAUCUCCCCCUGACGAGCAACUCCAGUUUCGAGGAUUUCCAGCAGCACCUGCACGGUGUGGACAGGCUCUCCGAUGUUUGCCCCAAGCCUUGCUCGUGGCGGUCAGAGGAGCGGCUCCGGACAAGUUCUGGAACCCCAAUGCCUACAGCGCUGCAUGUUGGAACUCCAAUGCCAACAGAAAUCCAUUUAGAUGACCUACUUACGUCCGUCUACCCUGGAUACGAGCAAAUCGGUCGUAAUUGCCAGUGUGGAACACCAAUCAAACAGUUCUCAGAAGAAUACGAUUCUCUCGAGUUGUGUGCCGCGGAGUGCUCACAGUACCCCAAUUGCAAGGCCAUUGCUCUUCAUCCUUGGCAGUCUAUCUGGAGAGGCCAAUGCGAUCUUUACACUGCACCGUGUGAGGAGACGAAUAGGCAUGACUCCAACACCACCUGUGCCAACCCAAGCCCACAAGGAGCCAUCAGUGUCAACUUUAACCGGGUACCGACGCCCGCGCCCACGCCUGCACCCACGACUGCACUGAGUGAUUGCGAUGUCACGGAUGGAUCGUCUGUGAAUUCUUUCUACCCGUGUCAGUGCGGGUCUGAAGUGUGUGUAACAAAUGAGGCUUGUUCACGUGACAGGCGAGGCCUUUCGUGUGCUCCUCCAGGCAUCCUGAAGGUAGAAUGGCCGUGUCAGACGACUUCGAUCGGCAACCCUUACUUCGUGUUUGCUGGCAGCAGCGCAACAGGAGCCCCAGUGUACAGCAACAUCGAUGGCAAUUACAUCUAUUGGGACGCGUCGUGCGAUGGCAUUGCGCGACCUCCGAAAUACGCACUGCCGCGAUGGAUUCUCGACUCAGACUCACCAAACAUGACAGCGACCAUGGAUUUAGAUUCUGAUUCUGGCUGCACUUAUUUUGGGCAUCACGGUAGUUCUGAUUUCAAUGGUGUCCCUCUGGGGAGCACAACGUGGACGGUGGCAUGCGACGGUGCAGCUUCCAAUAUGACGGUCAACAUCACUUACGAAACGUAUCUUCCCACCCCAUCGCCGACGAUGGAACCUGGGGCACCGUGCACUUGUGAACAGGCUUGUGGCGUGUUUCCCUAUCUUGACUUAGAUGGUGAUGGUUGCCUAGUGGAGCAAGAAGUGAACAAAGAUGAGAAUCUCAACGGGCACUUUACCGAGAUGGACGCGAACGGCGACGGCUGCGUGAACCAGACAGAGUGCGGGGACUCGCCGUACUCGAAUGAUUUGCCUAGUUUCCCAAUCGUGGGCCCAGCUGAGUGCGACUACGGAUACUCUUUCACGGAUGGCACCAGCGUUUGCCAGCAAUGUUCAGCCGGUGCCACGCGGCGGCGCCGCUCGGAGGCAUGCAGUGACUGCCCUGCGGGCAAAGUGGACUUGGGCGACUUCGAUAACUGCAUCUCCGGGGUGUGGCUCACAGAACCCAUCACAAUUGGGUCCGACCUUGUCUUCGUCAACAAGGCCGAAGACGAGAGCGGGGUCUUGUUGCAAAAGGGCGAUGGGAUCACGAUGUCGACGCGCAACCCUGGCCACUUCGAGAGACUGGUCAUCGUCGACAAGAUUGGUUUCGAUGAUGGCCAGAGGUUGUCGUCAUACCAUGAGUCUCUUCUGCGUAAGAGCGGGCCAUUUUUCAUAUUGGACCACGGCGUGCACGCGGCGUUCAACAAGUAUGACGCGAUCGUUUCUGCCUGCACACAGGUCAAUGGGAUCUCGCUCAGCGAGCAGUACCCAUGCGGAUGUGGCAUCGAAAUCUGCGAUCUCGGGUACAGGUGUGACGAGCAGUGCAGUGGGAACAACACGAUCCUCGAUUCCUAUGCGGGCAGCGGCUACGGGAACGGCGGAUGUUGCAUCGGCCCCCCUGCCUCUCCUCUGCCCACCCCGGCCCCGACGGUGUCGGCCAAGGGUGACCCGCAUUUGGUCAACCUUCUUGGCGAGCAUUUCGACGUCAACCACGGCGGUGAGUUCACUUUGCUCCGCAUCCCGCAGGCCGCCGAAAGGACCGCCGAGGUCCAGCUUCAGGCAACGAUCCGCCCCGAGCACGGGAAACCAUGCACCACCUACAUUACCGCGGUUGAGCUCUCGGGCUCGUGGAUCGGUGGGGCGGUCGUGCAGGUGCGCUCCUACCUCAGGUCGCACACCAAGAAUGAAAGCGACGAGUUCUUGGGGCUCCGGGUGAUGGAGCCAGGCGCGCCAGAAGAUGUUCCAUGGACGAGGCUCGCGGAUUGGACCGAUGAAAACAUCGUUCUCUCUGAGCAGCAGGCAAAUAUAGGCGUCAGGGUGACAAUGUCCAAGGCACAGUGGCGCACCAAAAAGAGCGUGAAGGAAGGAUUGCCGACCGUAGCUGGGCAGCUCCAGAUCAUGAUGCAAGGCAAGCGGGGCGAAGGUUCCGCGAUGAUCGUGGUCCGCCAAGACCUCCCCAUGCAGGAGCACCUGAAUUUGGCCGUGCGGCGCUUAAGCGCACUCGGUCGUGCAGACAUUGGCGGACUUCUUGGAUUCGAUGCGCAUGCCGAGUCGCUAGAGGAUGUCACGCCAGAGUGUCAGCGUCACCGGGACGGGUUGGACACGAAGAAAGGUCCGCACUCAACGCCAGGCUGGAAGAUUCGUUGGCAGAGGAUCAAGGAGCAGCGUGCGAGCAAUCACAUACCGGAUGGGUCAAUGAACGACAACGAAGCAGCUGCCAACCUCAUUCAUAAUAUGCCAAUGAAAGAGGAGGCUAUGAUGUGCGUCUGCCCCGACGGAGAACCCAUGCAUCCCACAGAGGACGAUUACACUGCUAAUCUCAUAGGUGCUGAACGAGAGGGCGUCCUUGCAACGUUCCAGACUGGCAGGUUUGCGGAGGCAACGUGGGACUGAUGAGUCCGCGUCGAACUGGCCGGCGCGAUGUCCAGGACACACCCGCGUAGCAGCCAUGGGCUUGUUUGCUGAGCCUGCAGGGCGGAUGGGAUCCCGCGACGGCUUGCGGGAUUCGCUACGUCGCGGAGGGGGGAUGGGAAUGAUUAGAGACUGUGGCGGGGGCAGGCGGAGGUGGGCGCAGGUGCCUUUCUACCUCGAAGGCGUCUUCGCAGAGUUCAAGACUGACGGGCGCAAGGUGGAAGCGAUUUGCGUAGCAGUCUUGAUUUUCUCGCAAACCAAUUCCGGUCGGGUGCUUCGCAAGCAGCGAUGUCUCGACGCAGUUCGUUAGAGGCGGUUCAGACUUGUCAGACUGUAGAGGGGUUGGAGG